GGAGAGAACAUCCGUCAGAGCUCCCGUUCCACCUCCCGUCAAAGAAAGAGCUUCGUUCAGAGGGAUAGCCUCACUGCACACAAAAGAGGACAGAGCAGGAAGAAAUUGUAUCAGUGCUUUGAAUGUGGAAAGAGCUUCAGUCGGAAGGAUCAUCUCACUUCCCAUCAAAGAAUUCAUACGGGGGAGAAACCCUAUCAGUGCUUGGAAUGUGGAAAGAGCUUUAAUCAAAGCGCCCAUCUCACUUCCCAUCAAAGAAUGCAUACAGGGGAGAAACCGUAUCACUGCUUGGAAUGUGGAAAGAGCUUCAGUCAAAGCAGCUCUCUCACUUCCCAUCAAAGAAUUCAUACCGGGGAGAAACCAUAUCAGUGCUUGAAAUGUGGGAACAACUUCAGUCACAGGCAGAAUCUCACUUCCCAUCAAAGAACUAAUACAGGAGAAAAACCCUAUCAGUGCUUUGAAUGUGGAAAGAGCUUCAGUCUCAAGCACAGUCUCACUUCUCAUCAAAGAAUUCAUACAGGGGAGAAACCCUAUCAGUGCUUUGAAUGUGGAAAGAGCUUUCGUGAGAGGGGGAAACUCGCUACUCAUCAAAGAAUUCAUACAGGGGAGAAACCCUAUCAGUGCUUGGAGUGUGGAAAGAGCUUUCGUCUGAGUGGUGGUCUCACUUCUCAUCAAAGAAUUCAUAAAGGAGAGAGACCCUAUCAGUGCUUUGAAUGUGGAAAGAGCUUUAAUCAAAACGCACAUCUCACUUCCCAUCACAGAAUUCAUAGAAACCGUAUCAGUGCUUUGAAUGUGGAAAGAGCUUCAGUCAGAUGGUGAAACUCACUUCCCAUCAAAGAAUUCAUACAGGGGAGAAACCGUAUCACUGCUUGGAAUGUGGAAAGAGCUUUCGUCUGAGUGGUGAUCUCACUUCUCAUCAAAGAAUUCAUACAG